AUGGCGUCCCCCAACCCGCCGCCGCCCACCUCGACACCCACGCCCAUAACGACACAACCACAACCACAACCACCCUCCUCCCAAACACCCUCCCCCACACAACCACCUCUCGCCCCCAACGCGAACCCCUACAUCCACAACAUAGCCCUAGCCAUAACCCCCCUCUCCCUACUAGCCCUCUUCCUACCCCCGAGAAAACUCGACGUCCGCGCCGUCGUGCUCGGCGGCGUCACGCUCUGGGGCACGAACCAGCUCGUGUACGACUACUCCGGCAGGUCGUCGAUGCAGCGGUUUGGGCACCGCGUCGCGCAGAUGGGCGGCACGGAGCUGCCUGAGGGGGCUAAGGUGACGCAGAUGCGGCUGAGGCAGGAGAGGGAGCGGAUGCGGGCUGCUGGGGUUGGUACUGGGGUUGGUGGUAGUGGUGUUGGGGUUGCGUCUGGGGGUAGUGCGGGCGGGCUGGGCAGCGUGGGCAAGAUGGAGUUGACGGCGGAACAGAGGCGUUUCUUCGAGGAGCAAGAACAAACGAGGCGGCUGAACGGAACCGCAGGUGCUGCCAGCCAAAACGCACAAGACAAGGACGGAAAGGACGGUGAAGAAAAGAGGGGCGUCACGGGCGUGCUGGACAAGAUCUGGAUGGGCGACGAGACGCCGGACUGGAAGGAGAAGCGCGAUCGUCGCGAGAAGAAGGCCCUGAGUGAGGGCGGCGACGGUAUCUGGGGUCUCAUCACGGAGCAGAUCUGGGAGGUGUGGAAUCAGGGCGGGAAGACGAAGACGAAGACGGGGGAGGAGGAUAACGGUGCUGUUGCUGCUGCUGCUGCUAAGAGUAAUGCGGGCGAGAGUGGUGAGAAGAAAUCGUAA